AUGUUUUCUAAUACUUCAAUGCCUGUGUCGCCGCAAAUUCCUGGUGAGGGCUUGACACAAUCUUUUUUGCAUGGAUAUACUUUGUCAACUGUGCCGAGUUCGCGUGGCUUUGUAUCAAACGCGGAAACUUUAUCGCCGUAUCCGGACGGAGUUUGUGUGCGUGUUGCUCGCUCCUGCCAUUCAAAUCCAACGCUGCUGGAGACGACGACUUCUACGGCUUAUCGAGCUCGCGCCAGGUCACAUGUCUUUCCGAGGAGAUUAGUCUCUCCUGGAUCAUACCAGAGGAAAACGUCUCAAGGGCUUGGAGAUAGUAGGUCUGUAGCGGGAUUUGUGGAGCGUGGCUGGAUGUACGCCCGGGACGAUAAAGGUGGUAGGAAUGAUCUUGGCUACUGGUCAGUGAAGUACUUUACAAAUGGGGGCGACUAUGUGGGGUUAACAAAGUUGGUGAACCCCUGGGGGGAUGAACCCCCCACUUUUGAGGGUGUCGUGGGCGCCAUUAAGGAAAACGCGUUGCUGCUGGGGAUUAAAGUCGCGUAUGUGACGUAUUUUGACAAGGACUUUGAUACAUAUGCGCUGCUGACACCCCGCACUGUCCAGAACUGCGGAGAUGCCUUUCGUGUCGUGGUGGAGUCCAUCUCGGAUGCAGCCAAGCAAAGUCUCAAGUUGGAGCUCGAGGGUGAGGCUGCAAAAAGGAGGGAUGACGCAACUUUGCGCAAUUCUUCGGGAAAAAGUGACAAGGUUUCUGCUUUGAGGCAAAUGGCAGGACUCUUUCUGGCGCCAAAGACACCUUCUCGUGCGGCACAAAGCGCAGAUAAGGCGGAUCCUCCAGUGCCAGAGGAGUGGGUGGCAAAGCAGGCACUUGUGUCUCAAGAGGAAUCCAAGCAACGCGAGGCGAUAUCGGCUGACGAAGAAAGCUGGCGGCUGAUUAUACAGGCAAGGGUGAAUGUGCAACUGACUUUCUGGCCAAGAGGCUGUCUAAGUUAG